AUGGCCAGCAUGGUCAAUAGCGCGAACGCGGCUAUAGCUACCGCCUCAAACAACGCGGCGAUUGCCUUGGCGAGUAUCUCAGGGAGCCUUGCUGCGGAGGCUUCCGCGGCGAGACAAUCUGCUGCAAUCGAACAAGCAAAUGCCAGUGCUGUCAGAGCUCAAGCACAAACUCAAGUGAUGACCUCUCAGGGCAACGCAGUCAGUGUGACACAGACAACCAUUGCGAUCGUCGCUUCCAUCGCGGGCACAUUCAUCUUGUCCCUGGUUGGCUUCAUCUUUUUCCUACGGAGUCGAAAUCGACAACAGCGACGGAGGAUCGCGGAGCUCAAAGGCACCAUUAAAAGACCUAUAAGUCCGACCGGCAGUAGCAAUAUGGUGUGGGAUAAUAAAGGAUGGCACCAAAGGUCAGAGAAAGAACCACAACGAGAACAGACCACCAGGCAACCUCCUGAGCCACAGCCUACGAUCGGGGUUGCGACAUCCUCCCAAACCGGCAGGGAAGUGAAAAGGAGCAGUAACUGGCCACUUUCAUCUAGCGCUCAAGAAUCGAAUCGGCCGGUAAUGGACCCUGCCAACGUUGACAUCGUGAAGAUUGGGCAAGCAGAAGGAGGCUCGGGUGCCAACGAGCCAGAGACCAUUUCGCAACAAGGGACCGGUUCAGGUUCUACGAAACAACCAAAUCUGUCACUAUUUCCGAAAAUUACUGAGUCAGGAUCCAAGACGAGCACUCCGGCUCAGGGGAAGGAAACUACUAAUACCAAGCAACCAAAUGUAAAUAAUCAAUACCCACCGAGAUAUAGCGUGGAGCCCGAGGGAGGCUCAAAAAACAUCAACAUGAUGUGA